CUGCGCGCGCUCCGGCCGCGCUGCCGCACAGCAAUCAGGUGGUGAAAUGUAGCCUAACUUACCGCGGGCAGCCUCUGCUAUGCUAGUAUGGGUCGACAAUGGCGAGAAAACGGUGUAUGAUGUCGACGAUCAACCAACCGAGACAGACUAGACCAGAUCCGCAGCGAUGAGCUCCACCUUUCCAAAAUCUGAAUCCACGACCUCCUUACUGAAAUCAUCCUCUGCGGCGAGGAGACCGACACACCUCCCUGAACGCACAGCAGAGAGCCGGAGAAGUCAGCAUCACCAUCAGCAUCAGCAUCAGCAUCAGCACCAGCAUCACCACCGUCCCGCCGCACUCCAGAGCAGCAGCAGCAAAGCCGAGGAGUCCUUCUGGUCGGCCGAGUGCGACAUCAGCGCCCGGAGACCCCUGUGCCAUCCGUCCCUGAUCGGCAGCCAGGACAGUAGUAACGAUGCAGCCACUCGGGGCAAGUGUAAGUCACAUGCCACCCACAACCAAGUUCCCGACCCGCCGGAGCCAAACGGCGAAGCGGGCCGAGGUGUGAGGGAGCGCUGCAGGUCAUCUAAACCCACACACCGGCACCACCACCGCAGGAAGCACAACCGGGAGGAGCGUCCACCGGCGGCAGCGGGACCACCUGAACCUGAGCAGCCCCGUCGCUGUCACACGCACGCACGCCAGGUCCCCAGGGUGCCCUCUCUGUCGGACAGCAACGACGACAGGGCUCCCCUCUGUGAGCCAAGGGACCAGAAAGGGAUCAGUUUGGCGAACAGCGGCGGUCAGGUCAGCAGUCCAUCCCCGUCCUCUUGCUCCCUGGUCCCGCUGUCCAGCAGGUCCUCUCGCCGCUCCCGGAGGUCCAGUGCUGCCUCUUCUGCAUCCGAUAUAAAUUUACGCACCAUCCUAAAUUCACUGUUUGGGCAGGACAGAGAGCUGCGGCCAGAAGAAAUGGAUGAGUUGCGGGAUGCUUUCAAAGAGUUUGACAAAGACAAGGACGGUUUCAUCAGCUGUAAAGACCUUGGUAACUGUAUGAGAACCAUGGGAUACAUGCCAACAGAAAUGGAGCUGAUUGAGCUGAGUCAACAGAUAAACAUGAACUUGGGAGGUCAUGUUGAUUUUGAGGAUUUUGUAGAGCUGAUGGGCCCCAAACUCCUCGCCGAAACUGCAGACAUGAUUGGAAUAAAGGAGUUAAAAGAUGCGUUUAGAGAGUUCGACACGAAUGGAGAUGGCGCUAUAAGCACAUCUGAGCUCCGAGAUGCGAUGAGGAAGUUGUUGGGCCAACAGGUGGGUUUAAAGGAAGUGGAGGAUAUCCUGAGGGAUGUUGACCUGAAUGGUGACGGGCUUGUUGACUUUGAAGAGUUUGUACGAAUGAUGUCUCGCUAAGAUCAUGAAAUGAUCGGUCCUGAAUGUGAAGCUGUGUCCUUCUCUAUACUUGACCAAGUACACCAGAGGACAAGCUAAGAUCUCUGAGCCAUCGAAAAUCUGAAUGACACUGGAAUUAAAACUCCUUGAAUGUUACGGAGCGAGGAAUCACCUCACACUUUCUAAUCAAUAAGUGUUCUUCCUGAAAAGUCUCCAGUUCAACUGAGGCCGAAUUUGCUGUAGCCUAGCUGAUGAUUGUCCAACUUAUGUUUUUGCACUUUAAUUCUCACUAAAUAACUUCCUGUGUGGAUAGAUUGCUGGUGUCUUGUCUCAUCCUCUACGUGGUAAAAGUAAGUCUCGCAAAAUGUCGCCUUCGAUGUACAACAAAGUCUGUCUGAGAGAGUGAAUGCCUGUAGAGAAGGUGUAAAAGAUCAGAGCACUGUUGAACAUAUCGGUAUGUUUUCACACAGUAUGUGUUUUAAUAGAGAUUAUAAGUGGAAUGUCCUUGUCCUGUGACAUUGGGGCUCCAUCCAGGAACCCAUGUGGCAAUAUAACACCUGUAUUGUAACUGCGUGACCAUCUGUGAUUCUUCACUGCGCCGGUCGAGUCAUGUAAAAGCAUCACUGUCUGACAACUACAAGCAACAAUGAAGCAGAUCUCUGAUAUUAAUGAGAAACAGAACUCUGAUGUACAUUUCAUAUAUUAUUCCCUACGGUUUUAGAUAAAGGGCAGUUAAAACGCUUCUUACAAAGAUGCACAGCUCUUGCUUUGCAGCAUGUCUUUCAAA